AUGACCCUUCCCAGCCUAGGGGCUGCCCACACCCCCGGCCAGGGGACCCCCGCGACGGCCGCUCGGGGCAGGGCUCAGCUUCCCCGUGCCUCGCCCUCCAAGGAACAAAUCAGCACAAACCCAGCAAUGUUCAUGGGCCAGAAGCUGCAGGCUCUGGGUGGCAGGGUGGGCUUCCUGCCCCAGCGCCCCCUCCACACGUCCAUCCUUGGGCGGAGCUGCCUCACCCUAUCCAAAGUCCCGAGCUCCUUGACCCUGGCCCACUGCGAAGGCAGUCUGCAGCGUUCUUGUGGCUCUCCCACCAUGGCUUGGUCCAGCUCCUCCAGCACCUCAGGCGGCCCCAUCGCCAGAGGAUCUCGAAGGAGGAGGCUCGUUCUGAAGCUGAGCCAGAAGGACACCCUGCAAGCGCUCUUUCAACAGAACCCCUACCCUGGGAUAGCGACCAGAGAACGACUGGCCCGAGAGCUUGGCAUUGCCGAAAGUAGAGUUCAGGUCUAGUUUCAGAACCAACGAAGAAGACGGUUAAAGCAGAGCCAAUCGCCGUCUGCAAAUAUGCGCCAAGACGGGGAAGGGGCGACAGGGUCCACGGCCAGGCCACCGUCGACACCUCCUCGACCUCAGUCUUCCACUCAAGAAGACUCGGCCAGAGAGGCCAGGAGAAAGAGGACAGCCAUCUCUCCUUCUCAAACAAGCAUCCUUGUGCAAGCCUUCACGAGGGAUCGCUUUCCGGGGAUUGCCGCCAGGGAAGAACUGGCUCGACAGACGGGAAUCCCAGAACCUCGAAUCAAGAUAUGGUUUCAAAACCGAAGAGCUCGGCACCCCCAGCAGAGCGCAAGGGGGCCUGGCAAUGUCCGGGCCCGAGGACCAGGCGGCGCAUCGGCCACGACCGCUCCUGCUCCAGAGGACCGAAGGGCCCCACCCGCUGUCCACAGCACCUCUCCUCCCCUUGGCCCCUCUCAGACACAGGAGAGCAUUCCACCCUUGGCUGCAGCCGCUCCUUUGGGCGCCCCCACCUUCUGGGUGCCCGGGACUGCCUCUGGGCUCUGUGUGGGCCAGCCGUUGAUGUUCUUCGUGAUCCAGCCCAGCCCGAUGGCUCUCCAGCCAAGUGAGAAGCCACCACCUCCUCCCCAGGUAGCAGUGCCCUGGGCCGCGUGCUCCCCUGCUGACACGGCCCCUUGGCAGCCUGGGCCAGGGGCUAUCCUGCCGCCUCUACAGCCUGAGACACACAUCAGGCGGAGGCCAGAGUCACCCGUUGCUGACGGCACGGCCCCUCCGCUAGAGCCACAGCCCCAUCCGCCCAGCCUUCCAAGAUCGACAAGCCUCCUAGAUGAGCUCUUGGCGGCCACCGGCAUCCUGGAAACGCAGGCACCUCCGCGGGGGACGCUGCAGAUGCACGAGUGCACCCUUCCCUCCCAGGCGAACCCAGCAUCCUAG